AUGUGUAUACGCGUAUGGAAAUUGUCGUGCCUGUUAUCUCUGAAGGAGCUCGAACUUAAAGCCGUUUGCCAACUCUUCGUUUGGUCUUUUGAUCCGGUUAAAUCUGUUGAUCGCGGUGUGGCGUGGCGUGAUGAAGAGCGAGGCGAAAGUAAUGAAAAUAUUGUACAUAGUUUUCCAGCAGUGAAAAAUUCUAGUUUAGCGACGGCCGACAUGGGUAAUGCCCAAGGGAGACAAAGCGUUGCCGACGACAAAGCACAGCGUCGUGGAAGCAUAUCCUGGAACUUCCGCUAUCCGCUCAUAAAGCGUCGAGAUCAAACUACACUCAUGGUUUAUAAUACGAAGAUGAGUGUAUCGGAUUGGUUGAACUUGCUCGGCUUGCAGCAAUAUGAAGCCAACUUCCAAAUGGAAAAUACAAUCGAAGAUAUUCUGGAUUUGACUGACAGCGAUCUAAAGCAGAAAGGCAUACGUCAAACGAGUCAUCGUACUAAAAUGCUUGCCAGCUUAAUUGGCGUACAGGCUAAAUUUCGACAGUCGCUGAAUAUAGAAGGUGAAUACCAAACGGAAGAAUUCCUGCCCACCAGUUUAUAUAGACGAUGA